AUGUACUCUCCGGUACUUAACUUCAAGGAAAAAGCACGAGAACUGGUUGACAUGGUUCGAAAAGAAACUGAUGCUCCAGUAAUAUCUUGUAUAAAUACUGUUUCAAAUAUUUUGAAUGAUUUGGCGCAAAAUUUACCUAAUGUGUAUUCUCUCAAUGGAAUAAGAGAUGCUCUUGAAGAGGAUGAUUUAAUUGACGUAGAUAAUUGCUAUGAUGCGAUGAUAUUGGAGCAGCUAAUGGUCAAGAUAACAGGUUAUGUUGAACAGAAAAGUCAGGACAAAGCUGAUAUCCGUGUAUCUACAAAACAGUUUCGUCAGGAUAAUUAUGCUUUUAUCGAGCAACUUGUCUUGCUCUACCAGCUAAUAGAAAUACGCACGGAGUUGCUCGCAAUACUUCUUUCUCUUUGUUCAAUGGAUCGAUCAAUGAUAACAGUGCUUCUUAAUGGGCAAUUACCAAUAUUUCUUACGAUAGAAAAUGACUUUUCUUUACCACUCAGUAAAAUAUGUGUGUUGUCUUUGAGAUUGCUUACUACAUUAUUUUCAACUGGCGAAAAAUUUCCAAUCUCACAUUACGAUAUUUUGAACCUGAAAUUUCUUGAAACAGCAGUUUCUCUUGCCAAAUACUCUGAAGAUGCUUUUGAGUUCAUAUUAUCAUUUAAUGUUCACUUUCAAGAAUAUGAAAAUAUCGUCAUCCAGGCCUUGCAUAAUGUUGCACCAAUUAUGUUUGGUCUGUCACUGAUAGUGAAAUUAAACCAAUGCAGAGCUGAUAAUGAAGAUCUUCGAGCUCUUAAGUUAAUGGUGGACAUAUUUUGUUGCUCCGAUCAUUUAAUCAAAACUCUUUUUUAUGAUAACGAUUUAAGAACUCUUUAUAUUAUACUCUGCAAAGAUCUGAUCGAUACAAAUCUUCAUCGGAAAUUUGUCAUGAUACUGAAAUUGAUGAAUAAUGUGGAAUUGAUAAAACGUUGUGGAGUCGCUCAGGACGUAUUAAAAUAUUUGAAAAUAUUUCUUCUCACUCGUGAAUUGCAAACAGAAAUGAGACAUUCUGUGGAAUUUAUCCUGCAACAAGUUGCUGAGCAAUUAAUGGAUGAGUCCUGUUUCGUUUGGUUUGAUAACGCACUGGAAAUUUAA